UAGCUUGUCCCACUGGAUCAUCUUCAUCUCACUCUCACAGUCCAACCCUCCACUAGCUCGUUUCUCCUUCCUCUUUCAAUCUUCUUUGGCCUCAUAGCUUCUGUUUAUUUUCUUAGCAGCUUCUGCCAAAGUAACUCCGUUGGAUCUCCUAUGGCUACCGUCGAGGUUGUAUCAGCACAAGCUGCGUUCGUGGAGGAUAAGCCUGAAGAGCAAAUCAAAACUGUCCAUCAAGAGGAAGUAGCGGUGGUCGCACCAAAAGAAGACCCCAAGAAAGAAGAAGAUCAAGAAAAGCCAGCUGAGACCGAGACCGAGACCAAGACCAUAACGGAGAGUACCGAGACCAAACAAGAAGAAGGCGUCCUCGAAACAACUGAGGGAGAACAGACUGAAUCAAAAGAAGAAAAAGAAGUCGAGGCACCAAAGGAGACUUCCAAGGUGGCACCAGAGCCAGAAGAGAACAAGGAGGAAGCAGAAGAAGCCAACACGAAAUCAGUGGAACCCGAGGCAGUUGUGGCCGAAGAGAAUGUCGUGGCCAAAGAGACUGUCGUGGCCAAACCAGAUCCGGACUCCACCGUGGAGACUCCAAAAGAGGAGGGUGUCAAAGGAGAAGCAGAGGAGGUAGGGAAGGAAGAGAAGGGAGCUGCUGCAGAAGCUGAUGAGAAGAAGACUACUGAUGAGUGAUGUGUCUAUGGAUGUCUUCUGAUGAGUGAUGUGUCAGUGCAUGAGUGAGUGAGUGACUGAGGGAGGGAGUAAGCGAGUCGUGUCUGUGUGUUGGCAUGCUGGGGGGUUUGUUUCAGUGACUUGGUCUAGAAUCUAAUAAAGCAAUUUACUGGUUUAUGAUGUUCUAGUAUUGUAAAAAUUCUAUGUAGUAUCUCUUUGUGGUUUGGCCUGUCACGUGGCAGAUCCCAGGAGGAGUUCUUGAUUCCUGGUCUGGGAUUUUGCUUUUUGGCCAACAUAAGAAUAAAUCCUACUUCUAUCUGGUCUAUAUA